AUGUCCACCCCCCUCCGAAUCGGCGUCCUCCUAGUAGGAACCGUCCAACUCCUCGACCUAUCCGCCGUUGACCUCCUCUACAUGACAACUCCGGAAUACCUCCAAGAAUGCUCUCUCCCCCAACCGUUGAUCGACCUAGGCCGACCCUGCGAGAUCCACUACAUCGCCCACAACGGACCAAACAAAACAGUCAACACGACCUCGCAGAUGUCCCUCCAAUUAACCGACUCACUCACAGACUCUGCCGUUUCCCCCGGAAAGUUGGAUAUCCUGCUAAUCCCCGGUCCCCCGCCGAAAGCUAUGCCGCCAGCAGAAGAAUAUCUCGACUUUGUGCGCGCGCAUUUCGCAGCCGACACGCCGAUCUUGAGUAUCUGCACCGGAGCAUUUAUUAUCGGGUACGCAGGGAUUGUGAAGGGGAGGGAAGUUACGGCGCCGCGGUUGUUGAUUCCUGAGAUGAGGAGGAGAUUUCCAGAGGCGAAGAUAUGGGAUGAUUCGGUUAGGGUUGCUAGGGAUGGAAAUUUGUGGACUAGUGGCGGAAUUACAAACGGACACGACCUGGUUGCUGGGUACCUGCGUGAACAUUACCCUGCCGCUCUGGUGAAUACGAUCCUCGUCGCUGCAGACAUCCCUUCCCGUCCGGCGGCAUAUGCUAGUUCUGCAAGGAGUGAUACUCUCUAUGUGUUGUGGCAGGUGAUUAGGGCACUUCCGAAUCGGUUGUUUAGUGGGAAGUGA